CGGCCCGCCCUCAGCGCGCUCGCUCGCUCGCUCGCGCCCCACUGGCAACCCCGAGCAUCCAGCCGAGCGCAGACAGGAGAGCUUCAGCCGCGUCCUCGGGCCCCGACACCGACCCGGCGCCGCCAUGACCCACUUUAACAAGGGCCCCUCUUACGGGCUCUCCGCCGAGGUGAAGAAUAAGAUUGCUUUGAAAUAUGAUCCACAGGUAGAAGAAGAUCUCCGCAACUGGAUUGAAGAAGUUACUGGCAUGAGCAUUGGCCCAAAUUUCCAGCUGGGCUUAAAGGAUGGCAUUAUACUAUGCGAGCUUAUCAACAAACUCCACCCAGGAUCAAUAAAGAAAAUAAACCAGUCCAAGUUAAACUGGCAUCAGCUGGAGAACAUUGGAAAUUUUAUCAAGGCUAUACAACAAUAUGGCAUGAAACCACAUGAUAUUUUUGAAGCAAAUGAUCUCUUUGAGAAUGGAAAUAUGACCCAAGUUCAAACGUCAUUGGUGGCCCUUGCAGGCUUG